AUGGCUGGGGAAUGUAGCCAGGCCCAGUGUGAGGUCGCACGCGUCUUUGGAUUAGCCGGCGUGUUGACAGACCCCGUACGUGGCCGGGUGCGUCCCGACGCCCAGUGUGAGGUCGCACGCGUCUUUGGAUUAGCCGGCGUGUUGACAGACCCCGUACGUGGCCGGGUGCGUCCCGACGUGGAAAUUUUGGGGGAUGUUCAAUUUACAGGGAAGACUUUGCCGAAAUUUUGGCAGAAAGUCUCGUGCCCUAAAUCCUCUCUGGUAAAAGAGGACAUAGUUUUAAGGAGUGAACUCGGCAUGGGUGUGAUGCCGGGGUCUCCGCAGGGUUCGUCUCGGGUUUCGGGAAAUUCGGGACGGGUCCUGUCAUUUUCGACCUUGUCAUCGAAGAGUUCUGUGAAUGCCGAAUCCCCGAAGGUAAUUUCUAAAGUGAUUGUGGCCAAAUUGAGACCUCUUUUGGCUAAGCUUGUCAGUCCUCAUCUGAUUGACCUUUCUAAAGCCUAUGACAGAUUAAACUGGAGUUUUAUCAUGACAGUUCUUAACGAAGUCGGUUUACCUGCAAAUCUCAUCCAGCUUAUCAUUCAUUGUGUUUCUUCUAUUACUUAUCACGUUUGCGUCAAUGGGGAGCUCACCGAGACUUUCACCUCUAAGAAUGGCAUCCGUCAGGGAGACCCCCUCUCCCCCUACCUCUUCGUUCUUUGCAUGGAGAAGUUUUCUCACCUCAUAGUGGAAGCAGUGAAGAAUUGCAAUUGGAAACGUGUGAAAUCCUCCAAGGGUGGCCCUUAUGUCUCCCAUAUGUUCUUUGCUGAUGAUUUGAUUCUUUUUGCAGAAGCUACUCCUCGACAAGCUUAUAUUAUGAAGCAGUGUCUGGACGACUUUUGUAGAGCCUCGGGCCAAGUUGUCAAUUUUGAGAAAUCUGCAAUUUAUUGUUCCCCAAAUAUUAGCAAGGAAUUAGCAUAUGAUAUUAGUCACAUUUGUGGUUCAUCUCUUACGAAUAACUUGGGUAAGUACUUAGGGAUGCCCUUACUUCACUCUCGGGUAACCAAGACUACCUACAAAAAUUUGGUUGACAAAGUGCAUGCCAGACUUGCUUCCUGGAAAAGCAGAGUCCUUUUUUCUAUAGGUAGAGCAACUCUAAUCCAAGCCGUCACCUCCGUUAUUCCUGUUUUUGCCAUGCAAACUGCCAAGCUUCCCAUGAGCAUAUGUGAUGAGCUGGAUAAAUUAAACCGCAAUUUGUCAGUGGGAUCUGUUGUGCAGACCUAA